AAAGCGGACACAUUCACGCCAACUAGCUAGCUAACUAGAUACCCUUCUUUUUCUUUCACUAAUUUUCUCUAUAACAUCCCUUCCAUUAUCUCACCCAUGGAUGGAUAAGCCAAAUUCCCCUCUAGACAACCUGAAGGCCUGAAAACUAGCAAACCAAUUGUUCGAUUUUUCUCAACAUGAGCUAUGGGGAACACAUCGGUUUCGAUUCCUUCAUGGCCUUCCUUUCUGUCUCCCUCAUCGUCCUCGCCGCGGUCCUCUUUUUCCUCUACAAGAAACGGCACGUUGAUCAACCCGAAGAAAGUACCGUCGAUGUUGCUCCGAUUACCAAGCUUUGUGCAUGUCCAUAUUCCCUGAUGGACGCAGAUGCGGCCACGGAUGGGUUCAACCAGAGGCGGAUUAUCGGGAAAGGGAGGCUCGGAACUGUCUACGCGGCCUUGUUGCCAAGCGGGGAACUAGUUGCGGUGAAGAGGAUUCAUCCCCGACUAGUUCUGAGCAAUGCUGGUUUCGGGUUUUCGUCGACGCUCAAAUGGCUCUCUCUAGCCCAUCACCCAAACCUAGUCUCCAUUCUGGGGUUUUCCGAGGCGCCAGGUGAGAGGAUCAUCCUGAUGGAGUUCGUAGGUGGCACCAUGAGUCUGGACUACUUUCUGAACGAUCAAGAUUCCAAUAAGGCGACUCUCUUGGACUGGGGCCAGCGCCUGAAGAUCGUGGCGGGGGUGGCCAGAGGGGUUGAGUACUUGCAUGAAGUAGUGGCACCACCUAUAGUCCAUGGUUGCAUCAAGCCCUCAAAUGUACUAAUCGACGUCAAGCGUUGUGCUAGGGUUUGCGAUUACGGGCUAUCUUUUUUGUUUCCCUUCGAUAGGAGAGGGCUCGAGGGGUACGUGGACGACGAGUAUUGGGUGGAGAGAAGAGGGGCUUCCAAGGAGUGUGAUGUCUAUGGACUUGGGGUGAUCUUGCUUGAGCUUUUGAGUGGGAAGAGGAAUGGAGAUGGGAACUUGCUUGUGAGUUGGGCAUUGCCUUUGAUCAGAGAAAUGAAGUUUUGUGAACUCUUGGAUUCCAGGCUUGUGACUCCCUCUGAUGUGAAGCCUCUUGUCAGAUUGGCCAAAGUUGCAUCAGCUUGUGUUGGGAAUUCUAGGAAGAAUAGGCCUUCCAUUGUUGAAGUGGCAGCAAUUUUGAAUAAUGUGGAGAUGGGGCUGAGUUCAUCUGCUACAUGAGUUCCUGCGUCAUGCGUACGUCAUACCGGUCUUUAAGGCCGUGUUAUAGAUUUUAAAUUUCGCUUAAUUUGUUCGUCCGCACAAUUCUAUAGACUCGUACAUCUGUAUUGAUUCCUAAAAAAACUGCAGCCUCAACGUGAAACAAAUCGUGGUCAUGUAACUUGUUCAAGAGCUAGAUGAAGUACUCUAGAUACCCGAUUCAAGAAAGUGAAAAAAACUGGCAUGAUUCUAAGUCUUUGAUAUUUUGCAAA